CGAGAUCAUUUCGUGGGAAAGUGAUGUGGCUCGUCGAACCGGAACCGGAAACGGAAUAAGUGAUCCACCAUGCCCUCCUACGAGCUAGAUCGUCCUCGCUGUAGCAAGCUGUUUCUGAUCUACGUGUCAUUAACGAUCCUCUGGGUCUCAGUGAAUGCCAUGUUCUACGAGAACCGCUUCAAAUCUCUGUCCCAGCACGAGCCAUGGGCAAGUGACAUAGAAACUCAAGACUUUGCUUCCUCCGAGUACUCGCCAUCGUACGUUCAUUUCCCAGAAUCAGGAAAACGAGAAACAUUCGAAUCCUCCGAAUCUUACGAUAGACCCAAUAAAGAAUGGUUCUCAGCUUCAUCCAGUAAACGAGUACCUCUCGAGGACAAGCACUUUAAAAAGAUAAUAUCUCCAUUUUACACGAUCACCGAGAAAGAUUCUCAAAAAUACAAGGACAUCGUGAUGAAGUCUGGUAUUCCCUACUGUCAAGAAAUUAAAACUAAAAAACCAAGCAAAGAUGGAAACAAAAAUAGCAUGGUCUGUUACAAAUGCAAGAAUCCUAAAAGUGGAGCCACUUACGAACAGUGUUCCUACGUUUCUAAACCAUCAGCCGACUCCAGCAACCAAGAAGAGGUCGUCGAUGAUCCUUCAGAGUUUAGAAGCAGAAGAUCCAACUCUGAUGAAGGUUCUUAUAGCUUCAGAGGAUCGGAUGAUUACAAGGGACACGACAAUCCUUACAGAUUCAACGAGAAGUUCUUCUCUGACGCUUCGGAAGGUGUACCAGCCGAAUACAAGAACAAGGAUGAGAAAUGCGAAAAGGUCUUUAAGGAUUCCAUGGUCUGCAUGGUCUGCAAGAACACCAAGAGCAACGCUAAAUACGAGCAGUGUUCUUACGUUCGCCAGCCUAACGAGAAGAGGUAUGCCUUUACUAAAUCGAGCUCCUUCAAGAACCCUAAAGAAAAGGAAGAGGCGGAGGAUCGUGAUGAAGAGUCGGAAAGCAAGCCAGUCAGAGAACGCACUAGUUUUGAUCACAAAAAGGAAUCAGAGAAACUGUCUGACGGGUAUAAAAAGACUCCCGAUAAUUGUAGAGAGGUGGAAAAAGACUCGAAGACCUGCACCAUCUGCAAAGACCCUGAAACAGGUGGUAACUAUGAGAAAUGUUCUUACACCUAUCAGCCAGACGACAAGGUGUACAAGUAUAGCAGCUCAAAGAGCUUUGGUUAUCCCAGAAAAUCAUCAUCAUCAUCAUCAUCCGACGGUGACUCCAGUUACAAAGAUGAUAAACCCUCUGAGAAACAAACGAGAAAAACUGAUGAUUCUGGCUACAAAGACGAUAAAUAUUCUGAGAAACUGACGAAGGAGGCUGAUGAGGAGUACAAAAGAGACUACUCCAUUCCUGAGAGUUCGUACUUCAAGGACGACAAACCAGAGUAUAUCUACCAUCCAGCAGCAUCGGAGACUUCCAAAUCCACUUCCGAAGAUGAGGACCCUCUCGCAGGAUACGAAAGAUCUAAAUCGGAAUCUGAGAAAAUCGCUGAAAGGAUCGAACCGAGCUACUGCAAAAGAGUGCAGAAGGGCUCGUUGAGCUGCAAGGUAUGCAAGGACCCGAAGACUGGCAGCAAUUCUGAACAGUGCUCGUACGAGCAGCAACCAAGCGACAAGAACUACUCUUACAGCAAGUCCAAGUCGUUUAAAACUCCUACAGAGACGGAGGACAAGUCUUAUGAUGGUUCAGAGAAGAAGGAAUCCCAUUCACCUUACAAAGAUCAAAGUUUCGGUUUCUUCGGGGAUGAGAAACCUUCGGAGAGAGACGCCAGAGACUAUUCAACAUCUGAUGCCGAAUCGAAAAUUGAAGAGAAGAAGGAAUCGACGUCGCGGUCGACCCCGAAGAAGGCCGAAGUUGAUUUCUCUGAUGCGUUUAAGAGGAAGGCGGAGAUCCAAAAGUUCUUGCAAGAGUUUCAGAAGGAAGAUCGCUCGAACUGCAAGAAAUUGAUGCGUAAUAAAAUGACCUGUUAUCAAUGCGUCGAUGACAAAGGAUUCCGGAAGGAGGAAUGCGCUUUUAUCACCGACGGUGAUAUAGCUGAAGACAAGAUCGAUGAGACUGAAGUGGAACCUAACAGAAAGGUACCAAGGUCGAUCCCUGAGGAUGUUCCUGUGGAACCAGAAGUUUCUGCUAGUGAAAAUAUCGAAGUGAACAGGAGGAAGCCUGAAGCAGCGAGUUCUGAAAAGGCUGAGAAGCCGAAGGAAGCCGAAGCUUACGAAUACGUUGCUGAAACUAAACCUGUGUUCGAUAAGGUCCUUGGAUUCACGCUUCCAGCUUACAUGCUGGCCACUUCUGAACACGAAGAAGAAUUUGAUAAAAUUGUAGUCUCGGAUGUUGUUUAGGGGCGACUUUGUGGUUUAUCUUUUCAAUCCUUUGCAGUCGGAAAUUGUUCUUUGAGUAAACUCGUUGUUUAAGAUCGAUAUUUAUUUAUUAUAAAAAAUUUGUUACUUGUCACUGUGAAUAAAAAGGCUAUUUCCUUCAGAUAUCCGAUAUCUAAAUCCUUGUUCCUGUAAAUAAAAAUACAGUAACAAGAUCAGUAAAGAAUCUUAAUAUUACCGGCUCAGUCGCAGAGAAAUGGUUUAAUCAGACGAAUGUUGACUUUCACUUUAAUCGCUUCCGAUUACAAAGGGUUAACUCAAUUGCUUGUAGCGUUAGAAACGAAGCUUGUUAAUCGAGUUCU